AGCAAGAGAGUCUUCUGGAGAGAGGAGGGGCAGAGGGCACAGCACAUGUGUCCCAGGUAAGCCGGCAGGAAUGCGCUAGCUGCCGAGCCCAGAGCGGCUGGGCCUCCCAGGUGACUCAGACACUGCCAGGAAGCCCAAGAUCCGCCCCCCUUUCCCAGUCUCUCUCCAGUCAGAGCAGCCUUCUCUUGCCGGCCGGCCGGGUCCUAGGGCGCGGGGUCAGGGGCCACGCUUGCCCCGGGCCUCCCACAGUCCAGGCACUGCCUGGUCUCGGGAAGGACUCCCCUUCUUCCCUGUUCCCCGGACUCCUUCCCGCUUUGCCCUCAAGACACUGGAGCCAUCCGGGCCAUUUCGCCGGGGCCGCGUCCCUCCGGACAGACUGGGAAAGAGCCCCAGGCGGUGACACAGCUGCCAACGAAACGGCUGCAGAAGAUUUUCAAGCGCCGUCCCGGGCAGAUGUCCCAGGUGAACGGCUCGCUCUCUCGAAACCACGACGCGCCCCAUGGAGACCCCAGACUGGGUCGGCCCCCCAGUCCGAUCUUGGACUCAGCCUCAGCCCAAGACAAAUCCUCCUCUGCAUCUCUCCUGCCUGAACUGGAGGUAGCACCGUCCCCACGCUUUUCAGAGGCAGCACUGGGAGAGGCCCUCCUAAAGGAAGAAGCUCCCCUUAUGCCCCAGGGUAACGGACCAGGGUCUCUCCAGGCCUUGGAAAGCACUGAACCUGCCAUCUCUCCAGAAGCUGUGACAUGCCAGCCUCAGGGGCUUCCCUCCCCAAAGGGACUUCCUGGACCCUCCAGCUUUACCCCGCUCUUGCCCAAUGGUGCUGGCCAUUCCCCGGAGGCGGGUGGCAGCAGGAGGUCAGGGAACGGCACACUGGGUGGCCCCAGAACCCACCGGAAGCUGCAGCCACACUCAUCAUUCGCCAGCCAGGGCAGCAAAAAGAGCAAAGGAAGCACAAAGUCAUCGGCUUCCCAGAUCCCCAUUGAGGCUCAGGAAGACUGCUGUGUACACUGCAUCCUCUCCUGCCUGUUCUGCGAGUUCUUAACGUUGUGCAACAUUGUCUUGGACUGCGCCACCUGCGGCUCUUGCUCUGAGGACUCCUGCAUCUGCUGCUGCUGCUGCGGAGGGUCGGGGGAAUGUGCCGACUGUGACCUGCCCUGUGACAUGGACUGCGGUAUCAUUGACGCCUGCUGCGAGUCGGCAGACUGCCUGGAGAUCUGCAUGGAGUGUUGUGGGCUUUGCUUCUCCUCUUAGCCCCUGGCCCUAGGCACUGGUCGGGGGGAGAGGGAAUAAUGGGGGAAGGGGACUCCCAACCCAAACUGCCUCCCACUCUCUACUACAAAUCAAGUUGCCUCCUUGCCAAAGAUUCAUUUGGGGCCGACUUGAGCUCCAGAUUGGCAAGGUGGGCGGAGACAACUUCAGUUUAAAGCCAGUGGAGGAAAGAGAUACAAGGGGGGCAUCAUAGCCUUCCCCUUCCCCCCAUCCUUUUUUCCUCAAUCCCCAGCACCUUGGACCUUAAUUAUGGAGCCCCGAUAUGGGAGAAUCCCAGUGGUAGUAGAUUUAGAGACCCAGGGGUCCCAGACAAUUAGUUAAUCAAUCAAUUAAUAAGUAUUUAUUAGUCUAAGGUCUUAGGGGCCUGUCCUCUGCCCCUGCAACAACCUAACUGAGAACUCCUAGAAGAGACCAUACCUGGGGGUAGGCUAAGACCUGGGUCCCUGUGUCAGAGUCCUCAGGACCAGGCUUCAGUACACUGUGAAAGUCAAGGGAGAAGAGUCUUGGGAAGAAAGGGACCCUGCCAGCCACCAGUAAUUUUGGGUUUGGGGAACUGGAGAGUUGGGUGGGGCUCCCUAGAAUGUAAACUGGACAGACCUGGAUGAAAGGUGGUGAAGAAGAAAGAAGGGAUAAAGAAAAGUCCUGAAUUUUUCUACCUCUCACCACUCCUAGCCCCAGACUCUCUCUGACUCUAUCCCAGCCUCUGGGGCAGCUAAAUGUGAAGAAAAAAAAAAAAGACACUUCAAUUGGGGUACUCAUCCCCAUCCCCCCUUCCCCUCUUUGCUCUUUCCCCUCUCCUGGGCUUCCCUAGGAUGCUAACCUGAAGAAUGACCUAGGAGAGGAAAGCAAAGCCUAGAGACUGGAUGUGUGGAGAGAGAAUAAAUACAGUAGAAAGGCGAGGGGGUGGGGAACUAUAUGGAAGAGACUGGAAUGGGUGGUGGGAGGGAAAUGGUGGGGAGGGUCAGGCCUGUUAGUUGAUGUAAAUAAAUAUCUUUGCCAUUUCUCACUU